CCCACCCCUUCCUCUACACCUCACCCCCCAACAGAGCAGAAAGCGUGAAAAAUCUCACUAAUGGGUUUAUUUGCUGUCAGAUCUGUGCCGAUCUGUCAUUCCCUUGGACCAUUCUGCUUGACACAUUUCAUAGUUGAGUAAGCCUCCUGGCUUUCUGGCUAGAGUUAACAGUGCCCCUGCAACGUUGUGCUGGCUGAGAGCUCAUCAAGAGGGGAGCAACGGCGGCAGCAGUCAGUCUGACAGUCUCUUGGACAGGGAGUCCCUGAAGCUGCAUUCCUCUGGUCUGCUUCUCCCUCCGUUGGGACUUUGUGUUUGCGAGCCUUGCGGGCAUCCUCAGCGUCUGUCUAGUCCCACGGCUGGUCCUCUGCAGAAGAUUCAGGUUGUUUCUUGCAGGGAUUCUGGUGCUGGUUGAAAAAUAGUGUGAAGAUGUGGUGUGGGGCUGGGCCUCUGGCCGUGGUGGCUGCAGUGUUUUGGACUCAGUGUGUCCUUCUGGAUGGGGUGGAUGCCAAGAAGGAGAGAAAGAGGCCAAAGGAGGCCACCCCACAACACACAGAGACCUUCAAUGCUACUCUCUCCAACAGUGAAGAGGUCGGUGGAAGCAUCAAGAUUUCUGACAACCAGAGAGUGGAUCCACUGGGAUCAUGGAUGGACUUUGUCAAAAGACCUGUUGGCAACUUCCCUGGAAAGUGUCGCAAACGCAAACGACCCCUGCCUGGUCCACCUGGUCCUCCUGGUCCUCCAGGCCCACAGGGACCUCCUGGCUCUCCUGGGGCUGAAGUGACACAGGAAGUUCUUCUCCAGGAGUUCAAAGAGAUGAUUAAAGAGGCGACAGAGAGGAGAGCAGCAGCACUGGACAGACAAACCAGCCCCAGCCAGCUACCUACGGCUCUCCUCACCCUGGAGGGGAUGACCUCCUACCGGCGAAUAGAGGAGGCUUUCCACUGCAAGCUCAAGGGACCUGUGGUGGUCGACAAGAAGACUCUGGUGGAGCUCCAGAACUUUCAGACACCACCAGCUAAAGGAGCCUUCCUCAGAGGGUCGGGAAUGGACCAGUCUACCGGCAGAUUCACCGCUCCCAUCACUGGGAUCUACCAGUUCUCCGCUAAUGUCCACAUUGACCACAAUGAGGUGAAGAGGAGCAAGAGUCAGCUCAAGGCCAGGGAUAAUGUUCGGGUGCUGAUCUGCAUCGAAUCACUCUGCCACAGAUACACCUCACUGGAGAUGAUUGUUGGAUUAGAAAGUAACAGCAAGAUAUUCACAGUCAGCGUGCAGGGCCUGCUGGAGCUACAGGCCGGCCAGUACACCUCCAUAUUUGUGGAUAAUGCAGCAGGCGCUUCCAUUACAAUACAGAACGGUUCAGAUUUUAUGGGCAUGCUGCUUGGUGUAUAGCCUCACACACAUGAACAGGGCAUCAUAUCCAAGCCAUCCACUGCUGCCGUUUUCUUUUCUUUUUUUUCUCAACGGACUGCUUAUGAGCACCACCAAACAGUACCAAACCACAGGGGAAGGUUUGAAGGAAGGAAGCGAGGCUGACAUUGACAUUGACCGCUUGUCAACGGUGAAAGGACAGUGUGAAGAACUCGAGGACUGAGUUUGUUUUUCACAGUGCACUGCCACUUCCCUGAGGAACUCGGAUGCCCCGUUGCCUCACCAAUAAAAUAACCUGAAAAUAAAGCAUUGAAUAUGUCUGUUUCAGUAUAUUUUUCAUGGAUGUUGAAGACCUUUGCGGUACACCAAAUGUCAAUGUUUCUAAUGUUCUCUGGAUUGAUGUUGGAAGAGCUAAGGAACAUGGAAAAGUACAUUUAUGUGUUUAAUGUAUACUGACAUGUUUAUAUUUUUGUCUAUGUACACACUCAUGAACUAUAGUUUUUUGUUAUUAUCAUGGAUUAAAUCUCACAUUUAUAUAUGUUAUAUGGUACAUAGACUGUGAGUACACUGGACAAUGGAAACAUGCUCAAUAGACAGAAUACAGCCUCACAAGAUCUUGGAAAAGUGAUGUCUCACAUAUGUGAUUACAUGUGUUAUGCAUGUAUUGUGCAUUUUUAGCAAUGCUAGUGGGGUAGGACUGGUUCAAACCAAAAUAUCUCAACAACUAUCUGAUGGAUUGCCGUGAAUCCUUGCACAGACAUUCACAGUCCCAGAAUGAAUCCAAUUUGUGGGUUUGAGUGAAAUAUUGCAACACCAAAUUGGAUGGCUUGCCAUGAAAUUUGGUUCACACACAUGCCCCCUCGUCCCCUGCAGGAAGAAUUGUUACCAAUGUUAGCAUUCUAAUACGCUAAAAUAAGAUUAUACCUGCUAAACAUCAGUAUGUAAGCAUUGUCAUUGUGAGCUUGUCAGCAUGCUGAUGUAAGCAUUUAGCUCAAAGAACCAUUGUGCCUAAGUACAACCUCAUAGAGCUGCUAGCAUAGCUGUGGGCUAUUAUGGCGUAUUGACAUUACAACAGAAAAACAAAGGUUUCGUGCUACACGUUAAGCGCUGGUCAGCGCAGUAUUUACCACUUCAGGACUCAGAGUGGCGCUAUACUGAACAGUACCACCUUAGCUACAAUGCUGUGUUUCAGAGAGGCCAAUUUGGUAUUGUUCAGUUCUGGAAAUUCAAAAACAAGUCAUUUGUUUUUCAGUUCAAGCUGUGGUGAACAGCGAUUGGUUGCGCCCACAAAGGUCAGUGCAGCUUGGGUCAAAGUUCAACAAAUUUGAACUUUUGGUGCACCCCCACUCAGCUCAGUGCACCAGAGACAUGUGAGCGAGCUUUAAUGGAAGACGCACGUGCAAGAGGUUUUUCGUGAUAAUGUGACUACGCCUUUAGUCUUGUUUAAAUGUGUCAGACACAUUGAGUUACACCUUCUGGCUGUGAGAGCUGUAAGAGAACGAUGUUUUGGUAGCCUAAAGAUUAUUUUUACAGUCUUUUUUUGUGUUAUCAUUUAUCAUUUGUUUUGUUUUUACUGUAUUUUCUUCUUUUCUUGACAUAUAGAUGUUUGUAAUUUAUCAUAAUUGAUACACAAGUAAUAUUGGAAAGCAUUGAAAUUUGAUAUGGUAUUUAUGUUUGAGGAAUUGUAUGAAUCACAUGUUGAUUUACACUCUCGUGGCCUGUUGAAACCACAGAUUAUUGCAAGAAUAAAAUUAUAUCUUUUUACUAUUUUUUUAUUACUCAUACUAUGCUGUAAUUUGAAAUUAAAACUUUUUAAAAUGUU